AUGCCCCACCUCGUCGCCAACUUCCUCCGAUCCUCCACGGGCAACAUCUCCAACAUCAAAAAGGCCGCCUCGCGCUCCCGCAACGCCUCCUGCGAGACCUCGCGCAACAAUUCCGUGUCUGGCAGUCCCUACGCCUCUGAUGCCGAGGAGCACGCCGUCAAGAUCCCCGACCUGGCUGAAGCCAUCAAAAAGCACAACCGCCUCUCGCUGCCCUUUCGCCGCUCCGCGUCCAAGGACCAGACUCCCCAGGUUCCUCUCCCCGCGCAAAUCACCUGCACCAUUGAAAGCCCGCCAGUCAUCUUCCAUGGAUCGCGCGAGGAAAGCACAGGUGCCCUCUUCUCCGGCCAGCUUGCCAUUGACGUCAAGGACGAGUCUGUCGAUGUAGACAGCUUCACAGCCUCUCUAACCAUUCACACCGUCCACAAGCGCCCCUACCAGAGCCACUGCGAGGACUGCCAGCACAAGACCCUCCAGCUCGAAAGCUGGCAGCUGCUCGCUGGACCCAUGACACUCCGCCGCGGCACUCACCUUUUCCCCUUCUCUACCCUCCUCAACGGCAACCACCCCGCCAGCAUCGACACGCCCGUCAUUUCCAUUGCCUACGAGUUCAAGGCCGAAGCCCGCCUCACCAGCCGAACACCUCAACUUACACCCAACGCUUCGCCUGUUCUCGGAAGCGCUCCCGCCACACCCACCGUCAUCACCUUCACACAGGCCGUCCCCGUCAAGCGCGCGAUUCCCGAGCCGCUGUUCCCCCACCACUCCGUCCGUGUCUUCCCUCCCACCAACAUCAAGGCCGGCGCCGACUACCUCUCCGUCAUCCACCCGAACGAUAAGAACAAGCUCACCUUCAAGCUGGACGGGCUCAUGACCCACCACGACAAGGUCAAGACGGUCGAUCUGUGGCGCCUUAAGAAGGUGACCUGGCGACUCGAGGAGACCAUCAAGACGGUGGCCCCCGCCUGCGACAAGCACCUUCUCGGCGCACAAGUUGUCCAGGACGACAUCAAGGGUCUCCUCCGCUCCGAAACCCGCGUCAUUGGCGAGAAGCAGAUCCAGGAGGGCUGGAAGUCGGACUACUCGAGCCACGACGGCACCGUCGACAUGGAGAUUGAGUUUGGCGUCAACCAGAGCGUCGCCUCGCGCCACGGAUCCAAGGCCGCCAAGUACGCUUGCGACACCAAGACGGCCGACGGCACCGAGGUCAGCCACUCGCUCCUCGUCGAGCUCAUCGUCUCCAAGGAGUACGCUGCCGAGGGCAAGACUCACAUUACUACACCAACUGGCACCGGCCGCAUCCUGCGCAUGCACUUUGGCGUCGUCAUGACUGAGUCUCCUGGCCUAGGCGUCAGCUGGGACAACGAGGCUCCUCCCGUGUACGGCGAGGUUCCUCCUAGCCCUCCCAACUACAUUAUCGAGGACUGCCCUAUCGACUAUGAGGAUCUCGAAGCUCUCGACUCGCGCCGAUCGAGCUCCGAUGCAUCCAGCUCGUCGGUAUAA